UGUCGUAACUCCCAGAGUCCCCGUGAAAAAGAGUUUGGCCAGGGCCAGAGUUGCUAGAAGGGGGGGCUUGCUUUGCUUAUAGCUUUUAGUUUUUUCAAAGGGGGGUAUAACUACUGCCUGUUCCCCCUCCAUCACCACCUUUUUUAUUUUCCUUUUUUUCUCAUUUUUCGUUUUCUUUUUGCAGCCUCGCUUAAGGAUCUCUGGGAUUUAUUUCUCUAUCCACCCCCUUCCAAUCUUGCUCCUGUCAGAUCAUGAACAAACUAUAUGUUGGGAAUCUAAGUCCUUCUGUCACUGUGGAGGACUUGCAGCAGCUCUUCGGGGAAAGGAAGCUGCCCGCGGCCGAGCAGGUCCUCGUCAAAUCCGGCUAUGCCUUUGUGGACUUCCCCGACCAAAACGCGGCCGUGAAGGCUAUCGAGCUUCUCUCGGGGAAAGCAGAACUGCAUGGCAAGGUGAUAGAGGUGGACUACUCCGUUCCCAAGAAGCUUAGGAGUCGGAAGAUUCAGAUCCGGAACAUUCCCCCUCAUCUACAGUGGGAGGAUUUCGACGGUCUCCUCGCUCGAUAUGGUACUGUAGAAAACGUGGAACAAGUCAACACUGACACAGAAACAGCAGUGGUGAAUGUUACAUACGCAACCAAGGAGGAAGCUAAAGAAGCCAUUGAGAAGUUGACAGGACAGCAGUGCGACGACUUCUCCUUGAGGGUGUCGUACAUCAUGGACUUGGAUGCCGCUCCGCCCGUCCAGGCAGCCCGAGGUCGACGCGGCGGCCGCUUGUCACGGGACCAGGAAACCCCUCAGCCCGGACCUUCAGGAGGCUUUGGUGCCCCACGGCCCCGACAGCAGCAGGACUUUCCUUUGCGCAUGCUCGUGCCCACUCAGUUUGUGGGCGCCAUCAUCGGCAAGGAAGGACUCACCAUCAAGAACGUCACCAAGCAGACUCAGUCAAAAGUGGACAUCCAUCGGAAGGAGAAUGCGGGCGCAGCCGAGAAGCCAAUCACCAUCCACUCGUCUCCAGAGGGCUGCUCCUCGGCCUGCCGUAUGAUCCUGGACAUCAUGCAGAAGGAGGCCAACGAGACCAAGACGCCGGAGGAGAUUCCUCUAAAACUUCUGGCCCACAAUAGCCUGGUAGGCCGCCUCAUUGGGAAGGAGGGCCGCAACCUGAAGAAGAUCGAAGAGGAGACAGGGACCAAGAUAACCAUCUCCUCGUUACAAGAUUUAACCAUUUACAAUCCAGAGAGGACCAUCACAGUGAAGGGGGUCUUGGAAUCGCUUUGUAAAGCAGAGGCAGAAAUCAUGAAGAAACUGAGGGAGGCCUAUGAGAAUGACGUUGCUGCUAUAAAUCAACAGGCCAACCUUAUCCCAGGCUUGAACCUCAACGCUCUGGGCAUCUUCUCCUCUGGUCUGCCGGUGCUGCCCCAAGCUGCUGGACCUCGUGGGUCAGCCCCCCCUGUGGCACAAGCAGGAUACAACCCAUUCUUAAGUCACUCUUCACAUCUCAGUGGCCUGUACGGGGUUCCUCCAGCAAGUGCCAUCCCCCACCAGCACUCAGCUCCAGAACAGGAGGUUGUCUACCUCUUUAUUCCAACUCAGGCAGUGGGAGCCCUCAUCGGCAAGAAGGGUCAGCACAUCAAGCAGCUCGCCCACUUUGCUGGAGCUUCCAUCAAGAUCGCACCGGCUGACAGCCCUGAUGUCACAGAGAGAAUGGUGAUAAUUACUGGGACGCCAGAGGCUCAAUUUAAGGCCCAAGGUCGGAUAUUUGGCAAGAUGAAAGAAGAGAAUUUCUUCUCUGGGAAGGAGGAAGUAAAAUUGGAGACGCACAUUAAGGUUCCUUCUACUGCAGCCGGAAGGGUCAUCGGGAAAGGUGGCAAAACGGUGAAUGAGCUUCAGAACCUUACAAGCGCUGAGGUCAUCGUACCGCGUGACCAAACUCCAGACGAGAACGACGAAGUAUUUGUGAAGAUCAGCGGGCAUUUCUUCGCCAGUCAGACUGCACAGAGGAAGAUCCGGGAGAUCAUUCAGCAGGUCAAACAGCAGGAACACAAACACCAGCGAGGUGCCGCCACUUCACCGCAACACUCCAAGUGACCACCGGCCAUUGAAUGUAGCCCUCCCUAAAACGGACAGAGACCUCUAGUCAGACAACGGCCGCGGCCCGUGAGGGAACGCGCAGGGCAGACCAGCAGCGGCGGGAUCAAAAAAAAAAAAAAGAAAAGAAAAAGAAAAUAACCAAAGAACUUCAUCGAGGAGGGAAAGCGAGCGAGAGCCAAAGGCGGUGUGCGGGCGUUCGUGUGCACUGCCAGCCCUGCGACAGCACACACAGCGGGAUACUGAUAUUGCAAGAACAGCAAAACAACAACAACAACGACAACAAAAAGGCGGAGGAAGCGUUGCCUUCAUGAGGUAAAACAGGAAAUAGCACGUCACUCUGCACAUUGGUUCUCUUUAGUUGAAUUAACAUAUUGUAGGCCUAACACGGAUAAAGCGACCGUAUUAACGACACAAUUAAAACAAGAUGGAGAUGAACUAUCCUUAGCAGUAUUAACACAGGGUAGAUGACUUUAUUGACAUUUAUAGCAGCAAACACACUGAGCAGUUCCCCUACUUUGGAAAAAAAAGAAAAAGUACAAGCCCCAUUUGGAUAUAUGGUGAAUGUUUUUUUUUUGUAACAAGCCUCUGUAAGUGUGUGCCAAUGCUUCUCAUCAAUCUUUUUUCCCUUUUUUUAUCACUCUCUCAUCAGUCAUUUUAGGAGGAUAAAGAUAUUUGAACGUGUGGAAUUCCCCCCUGGCCACAUUUCAAUGAAGUAGAAUUUCUGUCAUUACAGUAGUUCAAUUCAAAAAGUGAAGCUUGGAUAUCAUAAAUUCAAUGAACUUUUGAGAUGGCCAAUUUCUACUUACCGGUAAUUUUUUUUGGUUUCCUUUUUAAUACAAUACAUCUUUAUUUACAGUGUAUUGUGCUUUCACAACAGCUGCUAAGUUUAGUUUCUUAAACUCGAGAUAGCUGCAAGCUAUAACCAUAAUUUUUUUUAAAACCAGUUUUACAACAUACAAGUCUCGCUUUUUGAAUUGAACUACUACAAUCAAUGAAGCUUUCACCGAUUUUCUAAUUUAUUGAGAUGCACCUGGAAUGUGCGAGGGCUAAAUAAUGACUACUUUUGUGGUCCUAUUGAUAGAUACUGUAACCACUUUUAAAGAGCAGAACAAACAAAUGGACUAAAUACUGUUAGUCCUACAUCUCCUUUUAAUGUGACGUCACUUCCGCUCUCGGUGUUCGCUAACGGAAUAAGACGUAAAUAGCGGGAUGGACAUUGGAUUACAUUUCCUUGAUUGGCUAUAAAGAGGCUCUCUAAAGUGGCCACACUCUGGUCCGCAUGCUACAAGUGAGAUGACAGUUGUUGAAAGCUUAUGUACGAGGCAUGGCUUGCUUUCCACUGUUUGAAAUAUGGAUGUUUUCGGUCCUAUUCCAUUCGUGAAUACAGGUAGCGGAAAGUGAAGCUUGUGUGACGUCACGGUGAAAAGUGUUUAUGUAUUUGAAUGUGCGCACACUCGGCCUUAAAGGGGUGUCAUGUGAGGAUGGCUGUGUGGUUUUAGCAUGGUGGCAAACGUGAAAGCAGAGGUGGCACUUGUGUGCCGCCCCUCAAUGGCACAACACGAGCGGGCUGGCGUCAACGCACUCUCAGGGUCCGG